AUGAAGUUCUCUGCCAGCACCAUCAUCGUUGCGGCUUUGGCCAGCGUCGCCGCCGCCGUUCCUCAACCAGGGCCUCCAAAGCCAAACAACCCCCCUCCACCACCACCCCCUGGCGGCCCAGCACCCCCUCCAGGUGCUCCCGUCAACUGCCUGACCAGCACCACCGCCAGCAACCUGGUCAGCGGCUUCAGCUCUCUCCUGACCGCGUUUGACGUCAACGUGGCCAACAAGCUCCUCGCCUCCGACUUCACCGACACCUCGGACUCGAUCAACUUCCUGGCCGGCAUCCCCUUGGGCUCGACCACCUUCCCCUCCAAGCAGGCAUUCAUCGGCGGCCAGGGAACCCAGCCAGCCAUCGGAUUCUCCGUCUUGGCCAUCGAUGCCGUCACCUGUGACACCAUUGCUUUCCGAUGGGCCGCCACCCUAGGUCCCCAGACGCCUAUCAAGGGUAUCAACAUCCUCAAGGCCUCCAACCUGAACGCCACCACUGCCGGAUGGCAGAUCAAGACAGUCUUCUCCGAGUUCAACUCCGGACUCUGGAGCGCAGAGGUUGGUGGAGUGUGUGUCUCUUAA